GAUAAGGGGUGGAGUCAAGUGAACGUUACGGGUGGAGUCGAGGCCAGGGCUCCGUCUGGCAGAGGGAAAGGGUGGGUGAUUAUCCUGAAAGAUAGGCCGGAAAGAGCAGAACCGCAGCAGGGACGAAGUCUACCCAACCAUGACCUCCACCGGCCAGGAUUCCACCACAACCAGACAGCGAAGGAGUAGGCACAGCCCUCAGGUGCCCCCACCCGAUUUCAGUGUCACCUCGAAGCGGAGCAUUAAAAAGGGUGCAGCACCCCACUCCAGCCCCAAUCUAGCGGAGGUGAAGAAGAAAGGCAAAAUGAAGAAGCUUGGCCAAGCAACUGAACAAGACCUAAUCCUGGGGCUUCGAGGGAUGGAUCUGAACCUUGAGGCCAAGCCACUGUCUGGCACUGGUUUGGUGUUGGAUGAACAGCUAAAUGAAUUCCACUGCCUCUGGGAUGACAGCUUCCCUGAAGGCCCUGAGCGGCUCCAUGCCAUCAAGGAGCAGCUGAUCCAGGAGGGCCUCCUAGAUCGCUGUGUGUCCUUCCAGGCCCGGUUUGCUGAAAAGGAAGAACUGAUGUUGGUUCACAGCCUAGAAUACAUUGAUCUGAUGGAGACAACCCAGUACAUGAAUGAGAGGGAGCUUCACUUGCUAGCAGACACCUAUGACUCAGUUUAUCUGCAUCCGAACUCAUAUACCUGUGCCUGCCUGGCCUCAGGUUCCGUCCUCAGGCUGGUAGAUGCAGUCCUUGGGGCUGAGAUCCGGAAUGGCAUGGCCAUUGUCAGGCCUCCUGGACACCAUGCACAGCAUAGUCUUAUGGAUGGGUACUGCAUGUUCAACCACGUGGCUUUGGCUGCCCGCUAUGCUCAACAGAAGCACGGCAUCCAGAGGGUCCUUAUUGUGGAUUGGGAUGUACACCAUGGUCAAGGAACACAGUUCAUCUUCAACCAGGACCCCAGUGUCCUCUACUUCUCCAUCCACCGCUAUGAGCAGGGUAGGUUCUGGCCCCACCUUAAGGCCUCUAACUGGUCUACCACAGGUUUUGGUGAAGGCCAAGGAUACACCAUUAAUGUGCCUUGGAACCAGGUUGGGAUGCGGGAUGCUGAUUACAUUGCUGCUUUCCUGCACAUCCUACUGCCGGUUGCCUUCGAGUUCCAGCCUCAGCUGGUCCUGGUGGCUGCUGGAUUUGAUGCCCUCCGAGGGGACCCCAAGGGUGAGAUGGCUGCCACUCCAGCAGGGUUCGCCCAAUUAACCCACCUGCUAAUGGGUCUGGCAGGAGGCAAGCUGAUCCUGUCCCUGGAGGGUGGCUACAAUCUCCGCUCUUUGGCUGAGGGUGUCAGUGCCUCACUCCACACCCUCCUAGGAGACCCUUGCCCCAUGCUGGAGUCCCCUGGUGCCCCCUGCCGGAGUGCCAAGGCUUCCCUCUCCUGUGUUCUGGAAGCCCUCCAGCCAUUCUGGGAAAUCCUUGUGAGAUCAGCUGAGCCCUUCGAGGAGGACAACAUACAGGAGGAUGACAUGGAGGGAAACGAGGAGGAAGGACCAUGGGAGUCCUCUGUGCUCCCAAUCCUGACAUGGCCGGUGUUGCAGGCCCGCACAGGGCUGAUCUACGACCAACGCAUGUUGAAUCACUGUAACUUAUGGGACAACCACCACCCUGAGGUGCCGCAGCGCAUCUUGCGUAUCAUGUGCCGCUUGGAGGAGCUGGGCUUUGCUGGGCGCUGCCUCACCCUGCCUGUGCGCCCUGCCACCAACGCUGAGCUGAUCACCUGCCACAGUGCUGAGUACGUGGGUCAUCUCCGAGCCACAGAGAAGAUGAAAACCCGGGAGCUAUACCGUGAGAGCUCCAACUUUGACUCCAUCUACAUUUGCCCCAGUACCUUUGCCUGUGCACAGCUGGCUGCUGGCGCUGCCUGCCGCCUGGUGGAGGCUGUGCUCUCAGGAGAGGUUUUGAAUGGUGUUGCUGUGGUGCGCCCCCCAGGGCACCACGCUGAGCAGGAUGCAGCUUGUGGUUUCUGCUUUUUCAACUCUGUGGCUGUGGCUGCUCGCCAUGCCCAGGCCAUCAGUGGACGUGCCCUGCGGAUCCUGAUUGUGGAUUGGGAUAUCCACCAUGGUAAUGGAACUCAGCACAUGUUUGAGGAUGACCCCAGCGUGCUAUACGUGUCCCUGCACCGCUAUGAUCAUGGCACCUUCUUCCCUAUGGGGAAUGAGGGUGCCAGCAGCCAGAUAGGCCGGGCUGAGGGUGCAGGCUUCACUGUCAAUGUGGCCUGGAAUGGGCCCCGCAUGGGUGACGCUGACUACCUGGCUGCCUGGCAUCGUCUGGUGCUUCCCAUUGCCUAUGAGUUUAACCCAGAGCUGGUGCUGGUCUCAGCUGGUUUUGAUGCUGCACUGGGAGACCCACUGGGGGGCUACCAGGUGUCACCUGAGGGUUAUGCCCACCUCACCCACCUGCUGAUGGGCCUUGCCAAUGGCCGCAUUAUCCUUAUCCUAGAGGGUGGCUAUAACCUGACAUCCAUCUCCGAGUCCAUGGCUGCCUGCACCCGCUCCCUCCUUGGAGACCCACCACCCCUGCUGGCCCUGUCACGGCCUCCACUAUCAGGGGCCCUGACCUCAAUCACUGAGACCAUCCAAGCCCAUCGCAGAUACUGGCGCAGCUUACAGGGCAUGAAGGUAGAAGACAAGGAGGGACUCUACAGUUCUAUGUCGGCUACCAAGAAGGCACCCCAACCAGCCAUUUCUGGGUCGGCUAAGGGGACGACCACACCAGAAGAGAAAGUUCCAGAAGUAGGCAUGGGGAAGGCCACUUCAGCAUUAUUUGCUGAAAAGUCUACCCCAGGCCAGACUAAGUCAGAGCCAGCUGUGGUAGUGCUCACUCAGGACCAGUCAUCGGAGGCAGCCAAGGGGAGUGCUGUGCUGGGCCAGACCAUGGCAGAGCAGGCUGUGGGGGGAGCUGGUCUGGACCAGACCACCUUGGAGGAGACUGUGGGAGGAGUCACACUGGGCCAGACCACCUCAGAGGAGGCUGUUGGGGGAGCCUCACUGGACCAGGCUACCUCAGAGGAGGCUGUAGGAGGAGCUUUACUAGACCAGACCACCUCAGAGGCAGCCAUGGAGAGAGCCACUCUGGACCAGACCACCUCAGGGGAGGCUGUAGGGGGUGCCCAACUCCAAACUCCUCUAGCCUCAUGCAGAGACAGCCAGACACCCCCAACCUCACCUGUGCAGGGAGCCACACCCCAGAUAUCCCCCAGUAAGCUGACUGGGAAUCUCAGGACCUUGGAACUAGGCCACGAAUCUCAGAAGGGUCGAGAAUCUCAGACCCCAGAACCGGAGAGCCUACUAGAAGGAGGUCAGAACAUGGAUGAUUUGAUGCUGACACAGGAAUCUGGGGACCUUGCUGACACCGAUCAGGCUGUGUUUUAUGCUGUGACACCACUGCCCUGGUGUCCCCAUUUGGUGGCAGUAUGCCCCAUACCUGCAGCAGGCCUGGAUGUGACUGAACCUUGUGAGGACUGUGGAUCUCUCCAAGAGAAUUGGGUGUGUCUGUCUUGCUAUCAGGUCUACUGUGGUCGUUACAUCAAUGGCCAUAUGCUUCAACACUACGGAGACUCUGGACACCCGCUGGUCCUCAGCUACGUUGACCUGUCUGUCUGGUGUUACGAUUGUCAGUCCUAUGUCCACCACCAGGCUCUCCUAGAUGUGAAGAAAAUCGCCCACCAGAACAAGUUUGGGGAGAACAUGCCACACCCACACUAAACCCCUGACCGCGCUCCCUCUUCUCCACCUCCUGAGGCCCAAGAUAGACCAGCCAUAGUUCAUUCCAACCUGUUCCUUGGAUGAGAGGCAGCCUCCCAUUCCAUCCCAUCCUGAAUAUCCUUUGCAACUCCCCAAGGGUGCUUAUUUAAGUGUAAAUACUUGUAAGAGGACUACAAUGAUCAGUUGGAUGAUCAAUUGUGGUUCUGCCCCUGCCCACUGCCUGCUCAAGGGAUACCACUACUCCUCUCCAGAAGGAAAGGAGGGCAGCUCAGUGACCCCAAAAGGGGCCUAAUAUCAUAAAGGUAACAUUGGAGGGAGGGGGAUAAACUGGCAGGUAUGGCAGGGUUGCAUAUGUAAUAAAGGACAAGCUGUUACAAAA